GUCUUUGCAGCAGACUGCCAGAGCUGCGUUUUCCACGACCUGCUGGAGUUGGCAAUCUUGCAGGCCUCCUCUCCCGGGGCAGAAGGCCACGCACAGCUCCUCCCGGGUCCCGAGUGCCGCCCACCCGGGCCUCUCGCCGCACCUAGGACGGCGGCCGGGUCUAGGAGGGACGCCUAUGGGCGCGGCGGCCCCGCCCUGGCCAGCCUGGGGCGGAGGCCGGUUCCCAUAGGGAUCGCGGGCCGGCGGGCUGCGACAGAACGGGGCCAGAGUCUGCGAGGCUGGAGCGAGGCCGGCGGGGCAACCGCGGCGCUUCUUCUGUCUUAGGUCCUUGACAAAGACCCAUCGUUGAGUGGGGCUGUUCAUGCCAAUAUUUACUAAGCGACAUUUUCAAACUAUGUGAAGAUCCAUUUUAAGAAUUUAUUCAUCAGUGAUGGAGAAGUAUGAAAAAAUUGGGAAAAUUGGUGAAGGAUCCUAUGGAGUUGUUUUCAAAUGCCGAAACAGGGACACAGGUCAGAUUGUGGCCAUCAAGAAGUUUCUGGAAUCAGAAGAUGACCCUGUCAUAAAGAAAAUCGCCCUUCGAGAAAUCCGCAUGCUCAAGCAACUCAAGCAUCCCAAUCUCGUCAACCUCAUCGAAGUCUUCAGGAGAAAGCGGAGGCUUCACCUGGUGUUUGAGUACUGUGACCACACCGUGCUCCAUGAGCUGGACAGACACCAAAGAGGGGUACCAGAACAUCUUGUGAAGAGCAUAACUUGGCAGACACUGCAGGCUGUAAAUUUUUGCCAUAAACACAGUUGCAUACACAGGGAUGUGAAGCCGGAAAAUAUCCUCGUCACGAAACAGUCUGUGAUUAAGCUUUGUGACUUUGGAUUCGCUCGACUUUUAACUGGACCGAGCGACUACUACACAGACUACGUGGCCACCAGGUGGUACCGCGCCCCAGAGCUGCUGGUGGGGGACACGCAAUACGGCCCCCCGGUAGAUGUUUGGGCGAUUGGCUGUGUCUUUGCUGAGCUGCUGUCAGGGGUUCCUCUGUGGCCAGGAAAAUCAGAUGUGGAUCAGCUCUAUCUGAUUAGGAAAACCUUGGGAGACCUCAUUCCUAGGCACCAACAUGUAUUUAGCACAAAUCAGUACUUCAGUGGGGUAAAAAUUCCAGACCCUGAAGAUAUGGAACCACUUGAAUUAAAAUUUCCAAACAUCUCUUAUUCUGCCCUGGGCCUCUUAAAGGGCUGUCUCCACAUGAAUCCUGCCGAGAGACUGACGUGUGAGCAGCUGUUGCAGCAUUCGUAUUUUGACAGUAUCAGAGAAAUAGGGGAUUCGGCAAAACAGCAUGAGAAACCAACAAGGAAGACCCUACGACAGAGCCGAAAGCACUUGCCGGGGUUGCAGUGCCUACCUCAGCUGACCAGCAGCAGCAUCCUUCCAGCUCUGGAUAACAAGAAAUAUUGCUAUAACACCAAGAAACUUAACUACCAUUUUCCAAACAUUUAAAGAGCUUGGAGAUUGAUGAUAAAAAAAGAGUUGAUCAUCAAUUUGAAUAAAACACACAUUUGGUUGAAAAUAAUCACAACGUUGGAAGAAGCCUCAGGAGAAAAUUAAGUAACUAAGUGGGGGAGGCCAAAUGGCAAGAUGUGAAGGAAAAUUCCAGAGGCAGUCUUCCAUGCAUGACAAUGCUGUCCAGAACAGAAGGGAACAACUUCUUUGGAUUUUCAUUUGUAUUUUUAUUGUAUCUAAGUGGCUGAGCUGAUGGACAGAAUAUAAACUGUAUCUACUGUACUCGCCCAUACCUCUGGCAAAAUAGAGAUGCAAAAGAAAAAAGAUUUAUGCUAUAAUCGUACCAGAUAGAACAGGUGAAAAUGGAUUACAGAAUGCCCAUAUAUUUUUUUUGGAUCUCCGUUGCUUUGAGACCUGUUUCCUGCUUCUUCAGAUUUUCUCAUCAUAUUUAAGGAGGGUUUUAGUUCUUAAAAGCAAAAUAUUUAAAAUUCCAUUUCCUGCUUGUUCUAGUUCUUGAUUUUAUAUAUGGAAAUAUCUUGAAUAUUUGAGUCAUUCAAAAUAUUUAAAAUCAUGUGGAUUAUCAUAAAGGGACUGUAAUUUAUCUGCUUAUAUAUUUAAUGAUGUGUUUAUAGACACUUCUUACAUAUACUUUGGUCUUUACCUUUAGUAAAGGAUGCAUCUUAGUCAUUUUUGCAGGCAAGAUGGGUUGACUAUAAUCUGUCUACAUUUGUUCACCCAGUUACCCUCGCAAACAAUGGCAUGAAGCUUGGUAGUUGACCAAGGGGUAGAACAAGAUCUACAGGCUUUGCAGGAACUAAGCCUGCCAGCCUGAAAGUAAUUAGUACUCCAUUCUCUCCAGUUCUACCUCAGACCUGGAGACAGAGCAACAGGCAGGACUAUAUACAGUGAUCUGGGUUUUGGAAGAAACUGCUUAUAAACUUUCACUUGUUGUCCCUGAAAUAUCUUUUUACAGUCUAUGUAUAUGUUGUAUAUAUAUGUAUACUGCACACGCAUAUAUGUGUGUAUAUAUACCAACCUAACAGCUAAACACUAACAAUAAUAGGCCAAAGUGAUAUUAUUGAGAAUUGCGAGCUUUGUACAGUGGUACUUAAAAUGAUGACAUAUAGUUAGCUUUGAUUUGGCCUAUUGCUUCUAUUCAAAAAGCUUUUUCAUCUUUGUCCCCUGGACAUAAGGGCAAUAUGAAGCUGAUGUCUGUUUCUUAUUGCUCAACCCCAUUCUUGAUUGAUGUGCUGCUAUUUCCUAGCAGUUCUCAGCCAUGGUUUUUGAAGAUGUAUUUUACUGUUUACUGUAUCUUCAAAACAUUUCUUCUGCACUUUUAAUUUACUGCCAUAUUAAUUUUCUUCAUGACAGCAUUUGAUGGUUUUUACUUACUGCACAGUGAUCUACCAAAUUCUGGCAUCUGUUCAAUAAUUUUGAGUAUCCCAGCCAGUUUAAUGAUAGCCUGAGGCUUCCUGAUGUAUGUAGCUUCUUGCAUAAAGCUGACAGUGGGCUAAAUAACCAGUCACAAUAUAAUCUAAUUCUUGUUACAUAGACUUUGAUUCAAAUGACAAAGAAGGACAUCCAACUUCUGCAGUAGUGUAAAUUUUGUAUUUUCUUUUUUCCUUACCCCUAACAAUGCACCUGACAAGGCAGAUGACUGCAACUGCCUAAUUUAUCCAGUAUUUUUAAAGACUCCCAUUCAGAAUAGAAAAGUGUUGCCAGACUAACUUGUGGCCAAUCAGGUGCUUCAUCACAUAGCAAUCAAACAAACCUGAGAUAGAAGUGGUCAUUUUUUUCUGACUUCUAUAAAAUGUAUGCUUAUACUUAACCAUAUCCGUGAUCCUUUCUUUCUUCAUCAUGGAAUCACCACUGUUUCACAUGAGACAAACAUUUUCUGAUUUUUUAAAUGACAGUGGCAAUUAUAUUAGUAAAUAGUAUAUCAUUUAUGGCAUGUGCUAUUUACAUAACCCAGUUUCUAAACACAACUAAAAUUCAUUUUUCUGCUAUAAGAGUGCAUUACAGAAAGUGUUUAUUUUAAAACUAUCUCCAGUCAAGGUUAUAUCUAACAGAAUAAUGUUCAAACCAAACAUACAGACAUCCACAAACAAGUUGGCAUAUAACUAACAAUAAUAGAAUCAGGGCCAUUUCAAAGAGGUAAAAAUAAAGAUCUGAUUUUUAUCUAUUUGUGAUAUUCAUUAUCACUGAGUUCUAGACAUAAAGUGAAUUUUGUGCUUAUACUCAUGGGAAAUACUAUCCAACAUAUAUGAGGGAAUACAAAUUAGUUUCUAAUUGACGUGUUAAAUUUUUCCUCUUUAAGCAGUUUUUAAAUUUAAGCAAAAAAUAGGUAAAGCUGUGCUGGUCUUCAUCAUUGUUUCCUCUCGUUUAUUGGAAUAAGCCAAGUUAUUUAAAUCCAGCCAAGUAUUUAGGUCUAGUUUUAAUAAAACACCAGAUUAAGCCUACAGACUAGACAAAUUAGCCAGAAACUGUUUAUUCAGAGAAAGGAUGUAUGUUACAAAGAGCACAGAUAUGCAGGAUCAUGAGAAAUGCAUGCAAAUCCUGGGAAGCAAUGGGAAUGCUCCAGCAACCUCUGAUUACUUUGCAUAAUUGACUCCAUCUCAAUGAAUCUGAAAUUUAGCUUUCAGUUUUUCAUAAUUGUACAUUUAUAGUAACAUGCUUCAAUAACUUUAAAAUGAAACAAAUUACUGUUAAAAAUAAAUGUACUAUACAUUUAAAUCAUUUUAAAGAACUUAAGUAUCUACAUCAAGAGAUAUUUAUAUAGAUACCAUUAUAAAAUAAAUAUAUUAAAAUUAAAAGGGUAUCUGAUUUGCACUUAAUAUGAUUUAGUGUACAUAAAUUCUUAAUUCCAACUUAGUAACUUUAGUGAAUCACAUCUGAAUGUUUAUUUUCUACAUGAUGGACCCUGCUAAAAAUGUCAUGAUAUAACAUCCUUAUAGUUCUGCUGAUAACCAUAUAAUAUUUGUUGCUGUUAAGGAUCAAUUUAAAAUGACACUCUACACUGAAUUAAGAUACUUAUUGAAAUAUUAUUUUACUUCAAGUCUAAUUUUAGCUCCAGAGAAGGCAGUGAUGUCUUAAAGGCUUGAACAAUUUUUUCUUUUUCUUUUACUCCAGGAAGAUCACUUAGAAACAAAUACUUCAGGUUCCUGUAAAAAGAAGAAAAUUUUAAAAGUUACUGUAAUUUGACCUUUACUCUUAUAGCAUUAAAAAUAAAUUUGUUUUAUUGGCUUUUUAAGAAAUUACACACAGUAUGUGUUCAUAUCAUCCUACACAUUCAAAAUGACUUUUAGAACAGUAGUCCUAGAGUACUACUUUAAAUGAAAUUCAUGCUAGGAACUAAUCUAGACUUUGGAAAGUUUAGUUGUUCUGGUUAUGUCAAUAAUUCUACUGAGUUUUUCCAAAUAUGUAUAUUAUGGCAUAGAACUCCUUUGCAUGUUAAAUAUAAAAUAUGACAUCA